CCUUCUAUUGGCCACCAGCUGAGAAGCGCGGGCUUUUUCACUUCCUGUAGGGUGGCGGUUCACGAAAGAGCCAGCUGGGCGCCAUUUGCCAAGCUCCAGUCCCACUGCUGCGGUCCCUGGCACGGUUGGGGCACAUUCUCCGCUUCUUGUUUCAGCUGAACUGCCUAUUCAUCUUCAAGCCAUCAUGAGCUCUAAAAAACGCAGGUCACUGAAAGUCCCAUUCAAUGCAAGGAAUAAUAUGAAAAUUGAGCAUUAUUUUCCUCAGGUCAAUAAAGAACAAGAGGAUAAUCCCAGUAUUCCUCAAAUGAAGACUGGCUCCAGAAAAGGCCCAAAUGAUAUAACUAAUACCCAGGCUCAAAGACCCAAAGACCAGGCUAUACCUCAAGAUAAAGUACUUUACAUUACCUUGCGUGUACACCACAGGAAAAACAAAAAAAGAAAACACAGACUCACACAUAAUGAGAGGGCUAGCUUAUCCGUGGCACUUGACACUCUUCAGGCUGUCAAAGAAGAGAGAGAACGACAGCAAGGCAAAGAAAUGCUGGUGCAGGGCAUAGAAGGAAUUGAAGGUUAUAUAAACCUUGGAAUGCCCCUCAGUUGUUUUCCUGAAAAGUGCCACCUGGAAAUUACAUUUGCCCUGAGUAAAAGUGAGCAGAAAAAAGGGAACCAGAUAUUUGGUCGGCAUGACAAGGCAUCUACUGACUGUGUCAAAUUUUUUAUCCACGCAAUUGGGAAGAAGAUAAAAAAGAUUGUCAAAUGUGGGGAACUUCACAAAGAAGGGUGCAAACUCUGCGUCUAUGCUUUCAAAGGAGAAACCGUCAAGGAUGCUGUGUGCAAAGACGGCAGAUUUCUUUCCUUUCUGGAGAACGCUGAUUGGAAACUCAUUGAAAACCUGGACUCCAUUGUAGAAAGCACACAGCGAGUUGAUGACUUGGAGGGCAAGCUCUUUCAGGUGGAAGUUGAGAAAAAGGAGGGCUCUAAGGUAGCAGCCACCCAGAAUUUUGAUUCGGCAGCCACUCAGAAUUUUGAUUCGGCAGAUUCUCAGAAUUCGGAGUUGGAGGAAAGAAACACAUGUGUGUUAAAAGAAGAAAUUGUGGCCCAGUAUCCUAGUUUAAAAAGGGAAACUGAAAAAAUUAGAAAAAAAUUUGAAAGGAAAUUUAAAACAAGAAAGGGGGAAACAGUAUUUCGUACAGAUAAAACAAACUUUGGGAAACAGACAAAAAACUCUAUCCCGGUUAAAAUACUCAAACUUCUUUCUCGUCAUAGUGACUCAGUUGGGCACAUUGAAUGGGACAACAAUGGGAACACGGGUUAUGCCACUUGCUUUGUUUUUACAAAGUUGUUCAUUUUUACUUGUCGGCAUGUAAUAAGUGACAUUGUGGGAAAUGAAAUAGAGCCAAGUAAGUGGGCAGACAUAAUUGGUCAAUGUGUAAGGGUGACAUUUGGUUACGAAGACAGACAAGAAAAAAAUAACUAUUUUUCCAUUGAACCUUGGUUUCUGGUAUCUGAUGUAACUCUUGAUUAUGCUGUUCUGAAAUUGAAGGAAGAUGGACAACAAGUACCUGUUGGACUAUAUAAUGGAAUUGGUCCUGCUCCACUUUGUGGGUUGAUAUAUAUUAUUGGCUAUCCAGGAGGUGAAGUAAAGUCUACAGAUGCUUGUGUUGUAAUUCCUCAGUAUCAGCGAGUACAGAAAUAUCGGGAAAAUCUUCAGGCUAAGGGUUAUAAUGAUGACAUGCAGUAUAUCCAUAUGUACACUCAAAAAAGUUUCCAGGACAUUGUUCCCAGACCUGAUGUGAUUACCUAUGACACUUCUUUUUACUUUGGGUCUUCUGGCUCACCAGUGUUUGAUUCGAAAGGUUCUUUGGUAGCCAUGCAUACUGCUGGCUUCCGUAAUCACUACCAAAGUGAAUUUUCCAGUAUCAUUGAGUUUGGCUCUAUUAUGGAAUCCAUCCUCCAUGAUAUUAAACAAAAUUAUGGAACAUUUUAUAAAGAAUUAUGCAUAACUCAGCAGGAUAUAGAAAUGGUAACUGGUGAAGAGGGAGAACAGUGAGAAUUUUGAGACUAGAACUAGUGUAAUGGUUGUGUUUUUUCCCCACCUCUGUAUGUUUUCACUAACUUCAGUUGCUUGCAGGCAGGAUCCAAGACUUAUUCAUCUCAUUAUACCCAAAAUCUGACACAUAGAAAGUAAGUGCUUAGAAAAUAUAUGGGUCAUUUGGUAGCAAAACUUAGGGCUUCAGUUAAUUUUUUUUCCUAAUUAAUUUUUAUUCUUGAGAGUAUUACAGAUGUCUCCCAUUUCCCCUCCAUUUGCCCUCUCCACCCAGCUCCCACCCCACCCCAGGACUUUAUCACACUAUUGUCUGUGUCCAUAUAUGCAUUUAAGUUCUUUGGUUACUCUCUCCUCACCCACUUCUCAGGCGGUGGGAGGUUGGCUGUGGGAGUGCACUGACCACCAGGGCAGCUCCUGCAUUGAGCUUCUGCCCCCUUGUGUUCAGUGCACAUCAUUGCUACCAGCCAGUCAUCUUGUCAUCCAGUUGUAACAUUAACUUAGGCUUUUAUAUAUAGACUAGAGGCCUGGGUGCAUAAAAUUCAUGCAUGAGGGGAUGUCCCUCAGCCCAGCCUGCAUCCUCUCCAAUCUGGGAAUCCUUGA